UUGAACAGAAACAAACGAGUGUAGAUCUAAACAUGAACACAUGAAACAUGAAUGUGUGCACUGCACCACUUUGAAGUUGUAGAUCUUGUUACAACACAAGCAUAAGCAUGAUGAAUGGUAGGAAUGUUAGAGAGUCUCUGUUGGGAUCACUCAACAAUCACCGAAGAGGCCAUAGCUUUAAUGGGGUGGCCAAUAACAACGAUGACAACCUCGAUCUCUUCUCCAACAACCGUCGCUCUCUCUCUCUUGCUUCCUCAGAUGAUUCCUCUGAUGUUUCAGUGAAACUGGGGAGGCUCUCUGUUGGAACAGCAAAACCAGCUAGAAGUGGAAUUGAUGAUCUGUUAUCAUCUACGGAAGGAGGGAAGCAUGAUUAUGAUUGGCUUCUCACUCCCCCGGGGACACCUGUUUUUCCAUCAUCAGAGGGUGAAUCCCAGCCAACCUUAGUGCCGCCAAGAAGAAGUUUAAGUAGAUCAACAUCUACCUCUAAGGCCUCAAGGCUUUCAGUCUCACAAUCAGAGAACAACAAUCCCUCUAGACCAGCAAGAAGCAGUUCAGUGACUCGCUCUUCCAUAUCCACUUCACACUCACAAUACAGCACCUAUUCUUCAAACAGACAUUCCUCCUCAAUCCUUAACACAAGCUCUGCCUCAGUUUCAUCUUACAUUAGACCGUCUUCCCCUAUAACACGUUCUACAUCUUCAACAAGGCCUUCCACUCCAUCCUCUCGCCCAACAGCAUCACGGUCCUCAACACCCUCCAAAGUGCGUUCAGUUUCCACCAAUUCCGCAGCUGAAAAGCAUAGACCAUCAUCACAAAGCUCAAGGCCAUCCACUCCUAGCUCUAGGCCUCAGAUUCCUGCAAACUUGCAUUCUCCAUCUGCUCCAUCAACUCGGUCAUUGUCUCGUCCUUCUACUCCUACACGUAGGAGCUCAAUGCCAUCUUUGUCUUUGUCACCUUCCCCUACAACAGGCUCUUUAACUUCAUCUACGCGGGUUUCAUUGAAUGGACGCAGUUCAGCACCUGCAUCAAGGCCUAGCUCACCAAGCCCGCGAAUUAGGCCCCCACCACAGCCAAUUGUUCCACCUGAUUUUCCCCUUGAGACACCACCAAACCUUAGAACAACAUUGCCUGAUAGGCCAGUUUCUGCAGGCAGGUCUCGUCCUGGUUCUUCCACUUUGAAGGGAAAUGGUUCUGAAACUCAAGCUUCAGUUACUAUGCCAAGGAGACAUUCAUCUCCUAUUGUCAGUAGGGGGAGAUUGACAGAACCUGUAGCGAAAAGUCGAGGCUAUGCCAAUGCCAAUGGCCAUCAUGCUGAUGUCCCUGAACCUAGGAAGGUCUCACAUGCUCCUGAGGUAGUUGCAAGGAAAUCUGUUAAGGCCUCAACUACUGCUACUGACAACUCUGGAUUUGGGAGGACUAUCUCAAAGAAAUCGUUGGAUAUGGCUAUUAAACACAUGGACAUAAGGAACGGUUCAGGAAAUCUUCGUUCAUUAUCGAGCACCACACUCUUUCCUCAGAGUAUCCGAACUUCCACUCCCAAGAGCCAGUCUCAUCGAGUUUCAAGCGCUCCAGCAUCCGUUGACAUGAAUGGUAGCCCACUAAGUAGUAAAAAUGGAGCUAACUUUGAUGUGGGAAAUGGUAUCAAUAGGAAUAUGAUAAAGGGAAGAGAGGUAGAUGAAAGACACUAUUCUGCAAAACUCAGUGAAGUGGAUAUCUAUGAGAGUUCUCGUUAUGAUGCACUAUUGCUCAAAGAAGAUUUGAAGAGCACAAAUUGGCUCCAUAGUGCUGAUGAUAAAUGUGAUCAAGGCCCUAUAUUUGAUAAUGGAUUUGAGCACCUACCUGAACCUUUUGGCCUCUUAUAACAUGUAGAGAGGUUCUACCUAGCACAUUUGUAACAUGCUAUUUUAUGUUCUAUUUAUUAUCUCAAUUUUUUGAAAUGAUGGGAAUGGUUCAACUUAUAUAGCUCCAAGGUGGAGAAGUGAA